AUGGCGGAGGCCACCGGCGCCCAAGCGGACGGGCGCGCGUCGAUCUUGCGGAGCAUGGGGCGCGAGGGCGGCGGGGAGGGCGAGGCAGGCGAGCAGCUGCUGCAGGCGGAGGAGCAACGGCGCAUGCGGGCGCCGGGGGACGCGGAGGAGGCGGAGGAGGACGCAGGGUCUUGGGAAGGAAGCGACGGCGCGCAAGGCGGAAAGGAAUACAUGUGGACAUGGAGAGGAGAUGGGCGAGUCAACGCAGUUCAUCUCGGGCAUCCGCUCCAGCGAACCAGCUGCCGGCCAGGUGGGUGGCAGGCCACGUGGGUGGCAGGCCACGUGGGUGGCAGGCCACGUGGGUGGGAGACCACGUGGGUGGGAGGCCACGUGGGUGGGAGGCCACAUGGGGGCAGGGCACGUGGAUGGCAGGGCAUGUGGGUGGCAGGGUGGGUGGAUGGCAGGGCAUGUGGGUGGCAGGGUGGGUGGAUGGCAGGGCAUGUGGGUGGCAGGGUGGGUGGAUGGCAGGGCAUGUGGGUGGCAGGGUGGGUGGAUGGCAGGGCAUGUGGGUGGCAGGGUGGGUGGAUGGCAGGGCAUGUGGGUGGCAGGGUGGGUGGAUGGCAGGGCAUGUGGGUGGCAGGGUGGGUGGAUGGCAGGGCAUGUGGGUGGCAGGGUGGGUGGAUGGCAGGGCAUGUGGGUGGCAGGGUGGGUGGAUGGCAGGGCAUGUGGGUGGCAGGGCAUGUGGAUGGCAGGGCAUGUGGGUGGCAGGGCAUGUGGAUGGCAGGGCAUGUGGGUGGCAGGGCAUGUGGAUGGCAGGGCAUGUGGGUGGCAGGGCAUGUGGGUGGCAGGGCAUGUGGGUGGCAGGGCAUGUGGGUGGCAGGGCAUGUGGGUGGCAGGGCAUGUGGGUGGCAGGGCAUGUGGGUGGCAGGGCAUGUGGGUGGCAGGGCAUGUGGGUGGCAGGGCAUGUGGGUGGCAGGGCAUGUGGGUGGCAGGGCAUGUGGGUGGCAGGGCAUGUGGGUGGCAGGGCAUGUGGGUGGCAGGGCAUGUGGGUGGCAGGGCAUGUGGGUGGCAGGGCAUGUGGGUGGCAGGGCAUGUGGGUGGCAGGGCAUGUGGGUGGGGUUAACGGUGACUGGUGGGUGCAUGCUCACAGCAUUGGUGGCGCCGGCAGCGGGCAGCGUCACUGGGCGCAGUGGUGCGGAGAGCAGAGGAGAGAUGGUGGCGCGCAUGCAGGUGCAGUUCGCAGCCAUGGAGAAGGAGGCGGCCCACAAGGAUACUGUGCUCGAACGCCUGCUCACCAAGCCAAGGAAGUCCACCAAGCAGCAAAUGAGGGUGGUGGAGGAGCGGUCGCGAGUGGAGAAGGACGAGCUGAGGAGGGAGAUGGCGGAGCAGCAGCAGCAGCGCAUGCAUAGGGCUUGGUGCGUUCAGGAGCUGGAGUCGGCAGCGGGGAGAGAGGAGAGGAUGAGGCGGCAGCUGAUGGAGGCGCAGGAGGGCAUAGUGCACCGGGACGCCUUCCUGCAGCAGCUACAGGAAGAGGCUGCGCUCUCUGCCUCUGCGCUCAAACAGGCCGCCAGGAUGGGCUGGGGUGGAGUGGGGUGGGGUGGGGUGGAAUUGGCUGUGGUGGCGUGGGUAGGGAAGCGCAUAGCAGCUGUAGGAAGAGGCCGCGCUCUCCGCCUCUGCGCUCAAGCAGGCCGCCAAGCGGGCGAGCAGGCGAUGGUGGCGGCGCGGGACCGCACGUUGAGGAUAGAGGAGCAGCUGGAGUCGAUGGGAGACCAGCUGGCCAAGGAGCGCACCAAGACCCGCCGCGAGAGAGACAACACCGUGCGCGUCACUGCUGUACCAAUGCUUGCCAGGCUGCCACUGCUCCUGAUUGCCCCACUUGCCAUUUCCCAACGCAUCUUGUUCCUCCCAUCGGCUUGCAUCCUCAUCAUCCACUCGCUCCCCGUCCCUGCUCCCACCCACCGCUGCUGCUGCUGCGUUGCGUUGGUGAGGAGGCGCGUGAUAAUAAUGGAGCUCAACUGA